UCUUCCGGAGGAGCAGCUCCGAGGUGCCACAGGCGCACAGGAACUGCGCGUUUUUCUCUUUGCCGCAAUCGCAUUCUGCAUCUGAACGUUGCACCGGCACACGUUCAAAAGGCUCCAACAGAGACUUUUCCGUGGAUCGCAUCGCAUCGUUCCAGGUUAGCAUUUGGCCCCUUUGGAAUGGAAGGCACAGGCAGCGGCUGGGCAGCCGAGCUCACUCCCCCGCGCGUGACGCAGGAAGCCAGCGGUAACGCCAGUGCUCGAGUCUUUGAGGUGGCGCUGCAGAACGGCUCCACCGAGCGCAGCCACCAGUUCGUGGGCGUGGAGCUGUUGCAGUCCUUCAAGCUGCUUAUCAUUCCCUGCUACACUCUGGUGGCUCUGGUGGGCGUCCUGGGCAACUACCUGCUCCUCUACGUCAUAUGCCGCACCCGCAAGAUGCACAACGUCACCAACUUUUUCAUUGGGAACCUGGCCUUCUCGGACAUGCUGAUGUGUGCCACGUGUGUCCCCUUCACGCUGGCGUACGCCUUCAACCCGCGCGGUUGGGUUUUUGGCCGCUACGCGUGCUACCUGGUGUACCUCAUCCAGCCCGUGACGGUCUACGUGUCGGUCUUCACCCUCACGGCCAUCGGCGUGGACAGAUACUAUGCCACAGUUCAUCCUCUGAAAAAGCGCAUCUCUGUGUUGGCGUGCACAUACCUUCUGUCCGGCAUCUGGCUGCUGUCCUGCGGUCUGGUGGCUCCGGCUGUUGCUCACACUUACCAUGUGGAGUUUAAGAACGAGGGCUUCACCAUCUGCGAGGAGUUCUGGAUGGGCCAGGAGAGGGAGAGGCUGGCCUACGCGUACAGCACGCUCUUCAUCACUUACGUGCUGCCCCUGUCGGCGCUCUGCAUCUCCUACCUGUGCAUCUCCGUCAAACUGCGCAACUGCGUCGUGCCCGGCCACCACACCGAGAGCCAGGUGGAGGCCCAGCGCGCGCGCAAGCGCAAGACCUUCCGGCUGGUGAGCCUGGUGGUGGCGGCGUUUGGCGUCUGCUGGAUGCCGAUCAGCGUGUUCAACGUGCUGCGCGACAUCGACAUCGACUUGAUUGACAAGCGGUACUUUCUGCUCAUCCAGCUGCUCUGUCACCUGUGCGCGAUGAGCUCCUCGUGCUGCAACCCUUUCCUCUACGCCUGGCUGCACGACCGCUUCCGCGCAGAGCUGCGCAAGAUGUUCACGUGCCGCCGGCGGAUCGGCAUCUCGGCCAAUAACUGUGCGACCGCCAGCGUGGUUUUGUGAAGCGCGUUGUUUUUUUGGAGGUACUCUCGGCUAAGCCAAUACGCUGAGAGUACCUCGCCAACUCAGCACAGCCCUCCUCUAUUGAUGGGAGACUCUCGAUGGACACUUUGAAAAAAAAUAUUAUCAAUGUAGCAUUAAGAGUUGAUUUUUUUUUUUUUUUUUUUACCCACACAUAAAACAUGCGACUACAUUACCCACAAUGCAGCUCAACCCCGAUCAGCUUGGAGUUUCUGAGGUGGAACUGCUACAUCAAGCUUGCCUCCAGCAGAGAUUAACAGCAGGCUGCAGAGCUUACUUCGCUCUUCACUUGAUUGUCAAAGUUGCAGUUGUCAGGGGCAACCAGGGUUGCUUCAAGUUACAAUAUAUGAGAUUGCAUGCAGCUUCCUCUAGAGCCACAACAGUCUUUGCUCAACCUUUUGAAAAGCCCAAUGACGAUCCAUUGCUGUGUACACUUGGUGUUCUCCUGUGAGCCCAGACUGUCGACUGGUAGGUGUGUUUGUACUGUAAAAUAUUGAGUAGCCUCCCUUUUGGGUAUUAAUUCACUUGCCCAUUUUUUUUUUUUUUUUU